AUGGGACUUCUCCAAUGUCUCGGGCAAUCAGCCCACAAGCCCUUGUGGCUCGAGGCCCGCUCCGCGCCAAGCUUCAUCAUCUUCGUCUCCUGCUUCUCCGUCUUCACCCACCUUUUCUUCUAUGGCAUGCUGGUGCCCGUCACACCAACCGCCCUGAGGGAACGCGCAGGCGUCCCGGAGGCAGACAUACAGAAAUGGGCCUCGAUAUUGCAGGCCAUUUACGGCGGGGCCACCUUCCUAACAUCACCCUUGGCGGGCUGGUUCACCGACCGGACAGGUACCCGCCGCCUGCCUUUCAUUCUAUGUCUGGUGUCUCUGGCCGCCGCGACUGCCCUCCUCGCCGUCGGCACCAGUAUAGGCCUUUGGAUCGCCGGCCGUCUGCUCCAAGGCGUGUCGGCCGGUAUGCUCUGGGUCGUAUGCCUGGCCCUCCUGAGCGAGAGCCUGGGCAAGGCCAGCAUUGGUCGGGCCGUCGGCAUCAUCGGUAUUCCCAUGAGUCUGGGACCCAUUAUAGGUCCGCUGAUCGGUGGUGUCAUAUACGCGUCUGGAGGGUAUCUGUCCGUCUUUGCUGUCAUGUUCUCCAUGUUGGGGAUUGAUGCCGUCUUGCGGCUUGUCAUGGUGGAGCCAAGAGUGGCCAGGAAGUGGUUGCAGAAUACUGCCGAGCCCAGAGAGUCAGGCGAGCCAGUCCCAGAGAACGCUGAAAUGGACUCUGGGGCACAUGCGAGCAAGGAAUGCGAGCCAGUCGAUCCGGUGCUCACAUCCACCGGUCCCGCGGACCGCAGAAAACAACUCCCGGCCGUGUUUCGGCUACUUGGGAACCGGCGAAUCCUCAUCGGCGUGACCGGUGGGUUCCUCCAGUCAUGCCUCAACGUCGCUUUCGAUAGCACGCUGCCCCUUGUCGUCAACGACCUUUUCGGCUGGGAUCAGACCGGUCAGGGCCUCAUAUUCAUCACCAUUUUGGUACCUUCCCUGCUGCAGCCCGUGUUUGGGGCGGUCACCGACAGCUACCUGGAAGGUCGAAGGCUCUUGGGGGCAGGGGGUUGCCUCCUCGCCUGCCCGAUAUAUAUUCUGUUGCGCUUCGUAUCACAGAACUCCCUGGAGCACAAGGUCCUCCUCUCUGCCCUGCUGGUACUCAUCGGGCUGGCCAUGGCGAUAUCCAUGCCCGCUAUCAUUGCCGAGAUCGGGUCAACAGUGGCCGAGAUAGAGGCAAACAACCCGGACGCGGUCCAAGGGGGCGCCGUCGCCACUGGAUGGAGUUUGGUGAAUGCUACGUAUGCUGCAGGUGCCAUGGUAGGCCCUUUGUUUGCUGGACUUCUUCGGGAUGCUGCGGGCUGGGAAACGACGACUUGGUGUCUUGGGCUCUUGAGUGGGGUGACUGGGGUGUUCCUCCUGUUAUUUCUGGGGGACUGGAUUGGAAAGGUGAGACCUCGACGGGCGCUGUUAGCUCGGAGGCAAAAGCAACAAGGUACAAGUUCAAGUUCAUAA